AUGGCAGCGUCACCAUUCAUCUCUCGAUCCCCCUCUGUGACCGUCGCAUCGCCCAAUACUCUCAGACUGAGGGCAGCUGCAGCUCAAGGCUCCUCGGGGGGGAUCGCUACCUCAAUAUCAGUGUCCUCCAACACAGAUCAAGAACUCACUGAACAGCUCAAUGACGAUGUGCGGCAGAAAUACAUUAAAGACAAGAAGCUUGGAGAGGGUACAUAUGCUGUGGUUUUCCUAGGACACCUCCGGGACGACCCAUCGUCCUUGGUUGCUAUUAAAAAAGUCAAGGUCAAUGCCGAAUACAAAGACGGGUUGACUAUGGAUGCAAUUCGAGAAGUCAAAUACCUGCAGGAACUAUCGCACCCUAAUAUCAUCGCCCUUCAUGAUGUCUUUUCCUCCAAAGAUCAGAACUUGAGCCUGGUGCUAGAGUUUCUUCCUCGGGGAGACUUGGAGAUGCUCAUCAAGGAUGGAGAUAUCCAGUAUGGAGUGGCCGAUGUCAAGGCUUGGAUGGGCAUGUUAGCCCGAGGGGUGUGGUUUUGUCAUGAGAACUUUGUGCUUCAUCGAGAUAUCAAGCCCAACAACCUGCUGAUCGCAUCGGACGGCGAGGUCAAACUAGCGGAUUUUGGACUGGCCCGAUCCUUUGCGGACCCAUAUCUCAACAUGACUCACCAAGUCAUCACCCGGUGGUAUCGACCACCGGAGUUGCUCUACGGGGCCCGACAGUACUCGGGAGCGGUGGACGUAUGGUCCAUGGGGAUGGUUUUUGCAGAACUGUUGCUACGAGUGCCCUUUGUGGCCGGCAAUACUGACCUGGAUCAAAUCUCCAAGAUCUGUGAAGCGUUUGGAACCCCCACCGAGGAAAAUUGGCCGGGGGUCACUCAAUUACCCAACUAUAUCCCCACGGACCGGGGCCAGCAAGUGCCCGUUCAAGGCCGAGAUUUUUUCCUCCGGCAGUUCCCUACGGCUGGCCCAGUGGGUGGUGAUCUGUUGAUGUCAAUGUGUGCGCUGGAUCCUCGUAAACGGUAUACGGCCCUUCAAGUAUUACGGCAUAACUGGUGGAUGACUGAUCCCCAACCGACCCGGAAUGAAGAUCUUCCACGCAAGUCCGGGAUGAAGAAGAUGGGCGAUGAUUUAGGUCGACGUGGUGGUGAGAUCGACGAUGGGCCUUUUAAAAAUGCCGCACGACAAUUGGAUUUUGGGGCAAUGAAAUAA